AUGUCUAGCGAUACUUCAUCGACCAUCUCAAGUGGCGAAAGGGGCCGACGGCGCUCCCUCUCGAGCAGGUUGAAGGGGAAGCUGCGCUCGUUGUCUCGUAAUCACCCCACAAACCAUUCAGCGCCGCUUAUCGUACCAUCUGGAGGUGACUCAGAGACUAACACAUUGGUAAACUUCGGCAUCGGCGAACACAAUUUCCAUGAGUAUAUUCUGGAAGAGCCAGAGCAUGCUCAGGCCGAGGAAGACGCCGAGGCAUUGCUUGAGCAGGAUAACAACGCUUGGACCGGCGGCAAGCCAGCUAAACCGAAGAAGAGGCGCGAGGCUGUAGCGGUGUCUUGCCCACCAGCAGGCUCCCCGCAGAACGCGACCCAGAGUGAUUCUGGGACUUCCUCUGGACAUCGUUCUUCGAUGGUUAGGAGGCUCGCUCGCUCAUGA